GAACUUGAGAAGUGUCUGCUGUCAGUGAGCUGCUGUCAACCGACGUUAUAGGUGCUCCUUCGCGUCCUUAUUUAACCCUUUACUAUCUUUUUUUCGUGUAUUUCGAAAUGCCAGCCCCGAACGUCCCAUACCUGACCUUCAACAACGGCCAGAAAGUCCCGGCAUUUGGACUCGGCACGUGGAAAUCCAAGCCUGGCGAAGUAACACAGGCUGUGAAAGAUGCCAUUAACUGUGGAUACCGUCACAUUGAUUGUGCUCUCGUUUAUGGAAAUGAGCCAGAGGUGGGAGAUGCUAUCAAGGCAAAGAUUGCUGAUGGCACAGUCAAGCGAGAAGAUCUCUUCAUCACCAGUAAGUUAUGGAACACAUACCACUCAAAGAAUUUGGUUAUUCCUACCCUGAGGGAAUCGCUGACCAACCUAGGACUGGAGUACUUGGAUUUGUACCUCAUCCAUUGGCCCAUGGGCUACAAGGAGGGAGACGGUCACUUUCCAGCAGAUGAGAAUGGUAAAGCUCUAUAUAGUGAUGCCGAUUACGUAGAUACUUGGCCAGAGAUGGAAAAGGCAGUGGAAAUGGGGCUAGUUAGGUCUAUUGGCAUCUCAAACUUCAACAAGCAUCAGACAGAACGCAUUCUGGGAGUUGCUAAAAUUUUGCCCGUUACAAAUCAGGUUGAAUGCCACCCAUAUUUAAACCAGAGAAAAUUAAUUGACUGGUCUGCCAGCAAAAAUAUAAUCAUCACAGCCUACAGCCCUCUUGGAUCUCCUGAUAGGCCUUGGGCUAAACCAGAUGACCCUCUCCUGAUGGAAGACCCAAAAGUUGUUGCUUUAGCAGAAAAGUACAAGAAGACCCCAGCUAACAUUCUUAUUCGUUAUCAGCUUCAGCGUGGUUUAGUAGUGAUUCCCAAGUCGGUGACAAAGUCAAGAAUAGAAUCGAAUAUUCAGGUCUUCGAUUUUGAGUUAUCUGAUGAAGACAUGAAAACUAUUGACAGUUUUGACUGCAAUGGAAGAUUUCUUCAUCUUACGUGGGUGAAGGAUCAUCCUCAUUGGCCGUUUAAUGUGGAGUUCUAAGGAAAGUGAGAAGCAUAUUCCUACUUCAAUAAAUAGUUACAAGUGACACUUUUAUAUGUAGCAAAUUUAAAAUUUUAAAAUUUUUAUAUCUUAGUAUCUUCAUAUAAUAUAUAACAUUCAUGAAUUAUGACAAAAUUUAAGAAAUUUUAUAUUAUAUAACUAGUUACCCAACAACACUUAAUGUAAUAGGAACAACACCUCAAUGUAUUAUGGCAAUAAAAUUUUGAAAGUA